GAAAACUCCCGAAGCCCGGGCCGGGCUUGGCAACGCCGCAGACCAUAUUGGGGGCAUCUGGCUUCCAGAACCGCCAGCCCCGCCCCGCCGCUCACGGGAGUCUUGGGAGAGCGCCCGAGCCUGUGGCGGCCCACCCGGGCCCGACCCCGCGACCCGGGCCGCCGAGCGCGGCGCCAGGCGCCAGGACCCGGUCCGGCCGCGGAGCGUGACAGCCGAGUAUUCCCCGCGCGCCGCCUCCCAUGAUCCCCUGGGGCUCCGCCGCCGCACGGCUCGGCCUCUGACGUCAGCGAGGGCGGGGCGACGCCGUCACGUGACGGGGAGUGACCUCGGCGGCCGGCGCCAUGGGGGCCUCGGACCCGGAAGUGGCGCCCAAGGCUCGCGGCGGUGCCGCGGGGAUGGCGGGAGCCGGAGCUGGAGCCGGAGCGCGCGGCGGGGCGGCGGCGGGGGUGGAGGCCCGGGCUCGCGACCCGCCGCCCGCGCACCGCGCACACCCGCGCCACCCUCGGCCCGCGGCGCAGCCCUCCGCCCGCAGGAUGGACGGCGGCCCCGGGGGCUUGGGCUCUGGGGACAACACCCCGACCACCGAGGCCCUUUUCGUGGCCCUGGGCGCGGGCGUGACGGCGCUCAGCCACCCGCUGCUCUACGUGAAACUGCUCAUCCAGGUGGGCCAUGAGCCGAUGCCCCCCACCGUUGGGACCAAUGUGCUGGGGAGGAAGGUCCUCUAUCUGCCGAGCUUCUUCACCUACGCCAAGUACAUUGUGCAAGUGGAUGGGAAGAUCGGGCUGUUCCGAGGCCUAAGCCCCCGACUGAUGUCCAACGCCCUCUCCACCGUGACCCGGGGCAGCAUGAAGAAGGUUUUCCCUCCGGAUGAGAUCGAGCAGGUGUCCAACAAGGACGACAUGAAAACCUCUCUGAAGAAGGUGGUGAAGGAGACCUCCUACGAGAUGAUGAUGCAGUGCGUGUCCCGCAUGCUGGCCCACCCCCUGCAUGUCAUUUCAAUGCGCUGCAUGGUUCAGUUUGUGGGACGGGAGGCCAAGUACAGCGGCGUGCUGAGCUCCAUUGGGAAGAUUUUCAAAGAGGAGGGGCUGCUGGGAUUCUUUGUCGGCUUAGUCCCUCAUCUGCUGGGCGAUGUGGUUUUCUUGUGGGGCUGUAACCUGCUGGCCCACUUCAUCAAUGCCUACCUGGUGGACGACAGCUUCAGCCAGGCCCUGGCCAUCCGCAGCUACACCAAAUUUGUGAUGGGGAUCGCGGUGAGCAUGCUGACCUACCCCUUCCUGCUGGUCGGUGACCUCAUGGCCGUGAACAACUGUGGGCUGCGGGCCGGGCUCCCCCCCUACUCCCCCGUGUUCAAGUCCUGGAUCCACUGCUGGAAGUACCUGAGCACGCAGGGCCAGCUCUUCCGAGGCUCCAGCCUCCUUUUCCGCCGGGUGUCGUCAGGAUCGUACUUCGCCGUGGAGUAACCUGAAUCACAGACCCGCGGCGCAGCCUGGCAGCCCGCCCGGCCGCCGCGGGGUGGGGCCUGAUCAGCCUGGGCCUCGUAAGACGACUCUAACCCAGCGACUCCUAGAUGUGCCGCAGCCCAGCCGGGCUUCGGCGUCCACGUUUGCCCUGUGUCUGUCCAGAGCGGGCUUGAGUGGGGUGAGGCUGCAUCCAGGGAUCAGUCACCUGUUGGGCCUGGGGAAGGGGGGGCGGGGCUGGAGGACGGGGCGGCAGGGGAGGGGAGCCCAGGCUUCACAGAAGCAGAAUCCCCGUGCUUCACACAUGUGCCAGGUCUGCCUAUUGCAGGUCAAAACGCUGCAGAGGCCCAGGUUGGAUGGGAAAAGGCUCUUGAUGUCAGGUCCCACCCCACUCGUCCCCCAGUCAGCCCCCCCAGUCAACCCCAGCUCCCCCUGCAGCUCAGCUGGGAGCGCCAUCUCCUGCUUGUAAAUAGGGUGUGAUCGCCUGCCACCAGCCGCCAUCAUGCCCAGGCCUGUGCUAAAAGCUGUGGCUAGGUUCUGCCGUUUUUCUCAACACUACUUUUCUGAUGGCGAGGCAGCCCCUCUCAACAGGAAAUCACAUGGCCACUCAGAAUGUGUACCUCGUUGAAUGCACACCUCCUUAAUGGUGACGCCUCGUGUGCGGGAUCUGGUUCCCUGUGCACUUGUGAACACCCAGAAGUUAGGCAGAUCAGCAUCUCUAGUCCUACCCACUUUGACCGUUUCGUCCUCAAAUAAAUGUACUGGUGGUGAUUUGGA